AAGAGUAUUAAAAUAUAUAUGUGGAUGUUUCACGUCACGUGAGUUCUUUAUGCAGUGACUGUUGUUCAUCCCGGCCAUGAGAAGUUUUAAAUGGACGGCGUGAAGGAGUAUUUACUCGCAAAAUACUUCAGUCCUUUUGGAUAUAUUGUCGCAGUUUUUCAUCUUCUGGCUUUAAUAGCGCUUGCCGCUGCCGCUGGAGUCUUGAGAACGAGUGAGCGUCGAAGAUUUAGCUGUCCGUCCUCUCAUGAUUCUCGUGACGACUGUCUAAGGAAAUAUGAGGAACAGAUCUACUCUGGUUUGCCAUUCUAUGGAUUUGUUCUGUUGUGUUUUGCGUCUCUUUUGGCUGUGUGUAUCACCUACUCGUGGUGCUUUGUAAAAUCGCGAGUCGAUGAGAUUGAAAUCGCCUUGAAGCCAGACCAGGAAAACCCUCGCCGUCGGCCCAGACUGAAAACCCGCCGAGUGUUCUGGUCUUAUUUUCUUCACCUUGUUUUGCGAGUUUUGUUGGGGAUUUUGUUCAUUACCUUGCAGAACUUUGUGUUUUAUCCAAGUGGAUUUCCAGCAGAAUUUGUUUGUUUUUCUCCUACAGUAAAGCGGACAGCAAAUUCCACGAAUGUUAAUGCGACCGAAGAAAGUUCCUUGGCCAUCGACUGUGACAAUUCCAUUGCAUCUGACAAUGCCGUCUACGCGAGGGGAAUUUGGAUAGCGAACAUUCUGUUUACGUUGCUUAUAUCUGGAGAGAUAUGCUACCUUGCAGUGCGAGCAGUACAGAAGAAACAGUUCAUGUUCGACUCCGAAUUCUGUGAGAGACACUUUUUUAGCAAGGGCAGGAACCCUGUCGCGCUGCGCGAGUCGACAUUUCGAAUGAGGAGUCGAAUGCGCGAAGAGACUGAAAUUAUGGAACCUUUGAUUGGGCAACCAGAAAUCGAACAAGUCAGAUAUUUAGAUGACGCAUUUGUCGAUCUUGUUAUUUACACUGGAAGAGCAUGUGGCGAAUUUGCUGACUUGUUGAAAAGACAUGAAAUAUUUGAUAUAUAUUUGAAGCCCCGGUGUGGAUCAAUAGCUGUAAAGAAGGUUAACGAGCUUUUUCUUCCUAAUGAAGAUACUCGAGAUCCCCGUAAAAUUCUCGUGGUUGGUCGCCCCGGCAUCGGAAAGUCUCUUCUUUGCACGAAAUUGUCGCGUGACUGGAGCAAGAGUGAUCUUUUGCGUGGCAGUGACAAAAUCUUUGAGCAUCUGUUUAUGUUCCAAUUCAGAUGGUUUAAUACCGAGACAAUGAAAAAAAUAUCUCUCAAGCAGUUGUUGAGUCGUUUGUAUUCAGAAGGAAGCAUGGACAGUGAAGUCUUCCAAUAUAUUUUAGACAACCCUGAGCGAGUGCUACUCAUAUUUGAUGGUUUGGAUGAGUUUAAGUACCAUGAACGCAUUCUCGAGGAUGAAAGAGCACAUGCUGGAAACAGUGCAACUGAAGAAAUGCCAUUUUCUGCACUUUAUGUGAAGCUGAUGAAAGGAAAGCAACUUUCAGGGGCCACAGUUUUGACUACAUGUCGACCAAAUGUUGUGCAGAGUUUUGCACAUUUGCCAUUUGACAGACAGUUGGAGAUUAUGGGAUUUACCCCAGAGAAAGUCCAGGAAUAUAUACAGAAAUUCUGUGCACAUGACCUAGAGACAAUGAACAGAAUAUGGGAUCAUGUCAGCAGCAGUUUAGAACUGCUCUCUUUGUGUUACAUUCCUGUCAACAGUUUUAUUAUCUGUUCCCUUCUAGAAAAGUUGAUUAAACUUCAACAACAUCCAGGAAGUACUUUACCAGCAACUUCAACUGACAUCUAUGAAGGAGCUCUGAGGCUGUUCAUUUUCAAGCAUCACCCAGAAUUUAAGGCAAAGUUGUUAACUAAGGAUUAUCUUCUGGGAAAGACAGGCUUCCCUGAUCAAGUUGAGGAAACUUUGAACCAGGUUGGAUCAUUGGCAAAAACAGGAAUACAGGAGAGGCGACUGAUGUUUGACUCGGUGGAGAUGAAAGGAGUAGAAGACUGUGGUUUGUUCAAUCGCAUGCCUGAUCGUGAAGUUCUUCCCUUCAGAUUGAAGUCCCAAUUCUGUUUCAUUCAUUUGACUCUCCAGGAGUUUCUUGCUGCCAAAGAAAUUGUGAAGAUGAAUCCUACCAACCUAAGCAAUUUCAUCCUCGCAAAUGCUUCAGAUCCAAAGUGGCAUCUGGUGAUUCAGUUUAUAGCAGGCCUGCUACGUGAACAAACAAAUGAUGCUGUCAACAGUUUUGUAAGCCUCCUCUGUGACUCUUUAACAGAGGAGUAUCCAUUGAGGGGUAAAUCUAACCUAAAAGCUGUUCUUAUGUUGAAAUGUUUGCAUGAGUACAACGAUGUUACAAUUGUGGAAAAGGCAGCUUCAGAUCUACGGAAAAACAAAAUUUUCAACAAUAAGAUAGAUUUAUCCUUUUCUAGAAUAACACCGGUUGACUGUGCAGCAAUUGUGUUCUUUCUUGAGAAGCUGUACAACCUCAUGGAGUUAGACCUGUCUUCUAACAAGAUAUCAGACCGAGGUGUUUCACUCCUGUGCAAUUUACUUAGAGAUGGACAAAGAAAAAUCACAAUGAUAGACCUCAAUAGCAAUGAGAUAAAGGACCAAGGUGUUUCACACCUCAGUGAAGCUUUAAAGGAUGUAAACUGUAAACUCACUAAGUUAUGCCUUGGUGGUAACUACAUAACAUACCAAGGUGCAUCACAUUUGCAGGAUGCACUUAAAAAUGUAAAUUGUAAACUCACUGAGUUAGAUCUUGGUGGCAAUGGUAUAGGGGAUAUAGGUGUUUCUCUACUGAGUGAAGCACUCAAAGAUGCAAAUUGUAAACUUGAAAAGUUGGAUCUUAGUGAAACUGAUCUAGCAGACCAGGGUGUUUCCCACUUGUUUGAAGCAUUGAAAGAUGUAAAUUGUAAACUGACCGAAUUGGACCUUUGUGGUAACAUGAUAGCUUUCCUUGGUGCUUCAUACAUGUGUGUUGCACUUAAAAAUGUGAACUGUAAACUUAAAAAACUGAAUCUUAGAGCAAACGAACUUGGUAACCAAGGUGUAUUUCACCUGUGUGAUGCACUUAAAGAUGAAAACUGUAAAUUUACAGAGUUGGAUCUUCGUGGCAAUGAGGUAGCAGAUGAAGGUCUAGUACACCUAUGUGAUGCCCUUAAAGAUGAAAAUUGUUCAAUUACUAAUUUGGACCUAAGUUUUAACAAGAUAACAGGGGAUGGUAUUCCUUACCUGCAAAGUGCACUCAUGGAUAAAAAUUGUAAGCUUGUCCAGUUGGACCUUUCUAUGAAUGGCAAAACCCUACACCCAUUUUCAAUUGACAAAUUGAUUGAAUCACUGAAUGGAGGGGAUUUAUGGAAUUUUGAACAAAUUGCUUUGUUACCAUUAUAUCAUGCACUUAGAGAUGAAAAUUGUAAACUUGUGAAGCUUGAUCUCAGAGGAACUGGCUUAAGGGAUGAUGAUUUAUUUUACUUGUGUGAUGCACUUAAAGAUGUACAUUGUAAACUCACAGAGUUGUUCCUUGGUAAAGUGGGCCAUGGUUUUUCACAUAUUUUUGGUACAAUUAGACAUGUAAAUUGCAAACUCACUAAGUUGACAAUUAGCUUUGGUGGCUACUCCCUGGGAACAGAUGAAGAUUUUUUACAUUUGUCUGAUGCACUUAAAGAUGUAAAUUGUAACCUCACUGAGUUGAACCUUGAGGGAAGCGAGGGAACAGAUGAAGGUGUAAUACAUCUCUGUGAUGCACUUAGGGAUGAAAAUUGUAAACUCACUCUGUUGAACCUAGGCCAUACCCGAUUGACAGAUGAUGGUGCAUCACAGCUUUGCCUUUCACUCAAACACAACAAUUGCAAACUCAUUGAGCUGUCAAUAGGGGACAAUAUGUUAACAGAUCAUUUCAUACCACAACUGUGCUCUGCACUUAAAGACCCAAACUGUAAACUCAUUAACUUAGACCUUAUUUGUAACUACAUUACAGAUCAAGGUGAAGAUAUGCUAUAUUGGGCACUAAAAGGUGUGAAAAGAACAAGUCAUUUCAAGGUCGCCGUGUAGAAGGAAAAAAAGGAAACAAUUAAAAUUACCAUGGCCUAGUUGCAGCUUUGUGUUAAUGAGACCAGCAAACUAAUUCUGUGAAAAAUUAUGGUUGGAGCUAGACAAUGAGACUUCAAUUCAUUAGCUUGCAAAUUUGGUUUCUUAGCAUUAUAUUGUACUUAGUUUUAAAGUGUAAAAUACUAUAAAGGUAUUAACAUGCAAUUGUGGGUGUGCAUGGCUCAAAAUGUGUUUGUGGUGAUUUAGUAAGGUAUAACAUUUAAAGUUGUAACAAAGAUAGGCUUUCUGAUAAUUAUAAAGUGACUUGUUGAUUAUGCA